UAUUGUUAUCUUGCUCCUAAUGUUUAGCUACUAAUGGAGUUCAUCAGUAUUUAUUGUAAUGCAUUCGUGGGAAUUCAUAAAAGAAAAUUGCCUUUUCACAGAAAUUAAUGGAGAAGUGGCGUUCCAUAUUGAUUCUACUACUAAUUGCAGCUAGAUUACUUUCUGCGAAAUCCGGAGACGUGACUGAGUUACAGAUCAACGUCGAGUAUAAGCCAGCAUCUUGUGAAGUGAAGACACAAAAUGGUGAUACAAUCAAAAUCCAUUAUCGUGUGAGACGAUUUAAUCCAAUUCUUGUUUUUUCUAAUUUUCAUUUUUGUUGUCUUUCUCUCGUUGUAAUAUUUGUUAUGUUAUUCUGUCACCGCUUUCCACAAACUUGUUAAAUAAACCCUAAAUGAAUUUUGCUAGCAGAUUUGCAUGUUAUAAAAUCCAGUCUUAUAUACAUCAAAAUAUCAAGAUCUUGUUUCAUUUUUGUUGUCUUUCUCAUGCUACAUCAUGCAUUAAUAUAUGGUUUGGCUUAUUUUGCAGGGAAAACUUACUGAUGGAUCUGUUG